GGGGCCGCGGGUGCGGAGCGCUGCGCCGGCCGCGCUCCCGCAAUAUGCCUCCGCUGCCCGCGGGCUGCUCGCCAUGCCGGGCACCUGCGGGCGCCUCUCCGCGCUGCUCCCGGGGCUGCUGAUGGUGAUGAUGAUGGUGAUGAUGAUGAUGGGGCGGCCGCCCCCCGCCACCGCCGCCGCCGCCACCCGCCCGCAGCAGCAGCGAGCAGCGCUGCCCGGGGGCGCCCCCGCCGCGGCAUCAGGAUCUGUUUUCACCCUAAAAGUUCAAGUAAAUGACAUCAUCAGCCAUCAGUACCUGCGCCAGGCGGUGGUCGAGGUGUUUGUUAACUACACCCUGACAAAUUCCACCCUCACUGGGAACAAUGGAGCAGUGUUGAUAAAAGUCCCCUACAAACUGGGCCUAAGCUUAACUAUUGUCUCGUACAAGGAUGGCUACCUGCUGACACCUUUGCCUUGGAAGACUGCGAGGAUGCCAAUCUACUCAUCCGUGACACUCUCAUUAUUCCCACAAAGUCAAGCUAAUAUAUGGCUGUUUGAAGAUACUGUCUUAAUUACUGGAAAACUGUCUGAUGCCAAAUCCCAACCGAGUGUUCAGUUUCCAAAAUCUUUAAUGAAGCUUCCAUCAAAUCACAUUGCAAAUGUUACAGCCUAUCUGACAGUGCCAGAGCAAUUUUUGAAAGUGGACAGCUUUCUCUAUACGACAGGAAUUAUUCUAAAUAAAUCAGGUUUCAAAAGCAUGGAACUAACUCCUCUUACUGCCAUAUGUGUAAAUGUUCUGUUGGCUGGGAAAGAAGUGAACAUAAAGGGUCCCAUUCAGGUUACCCUUCCUCUUCCCACAACUGCUGUAAAAUCAGGAGAUGCUGUACCUGCCUGGACAUUUGAUAUGAAAAUUGGUGCUUGGGUGAACCGUGGGCUGGGAGUGGUGAAGGAGGUGGAUGGCCAGUCAGUGUGGACAUACACUGCUCAGCACUUGGGCUACUGGAUUGCAGCUCCACUGCCUGGAGCAAGAGAAUCCAUUAUAAGUGCUGUUUCCAAGGACAUAACAGCCUAUCACACCGUGUUCCUUACGGCCAUACUGGGAGGAACUGUUGUCAUUAUCAUUGGAUUUUUUGCUGUUCUUCUUUGUUACUGCAGGGAUAAAUGCCAUCGGACACAGAAGAAGGAAAAAAACUCAACCAAGCUGGAGGUCAUAAAAAAAGACCAGACAACAUCAACAACUCACAUAAAUCACAUCAGUGCUGUCAAAGGGACUUUAAAGCUGGAGGAUAAGUCACAGUUAUAUACACCGAAGAUUUCUUCCUAUAGCCCUCAAAGGAGGCUGUCCAUGGACACAGAAGAUGGAAAAUCACAGGACAAUUUUAAAAUCUACUCAGAGGAUGCUUCUUAUCAGUCCUCCUGUCAGACUGGUCAGGCAGGAAAUUCAGCCCAUUCAGUGGAGCCCAGUGCUGGAGUGAGGCUUUUACAGCAGCCAAAGCACAGUAACAGUACUAUUUCCCAGGCUCCUAGGGACAUCCCAGACCAAAACAGGUACCUUUCACUGAAAGAGGAGAUGUAUGGGCUUUCCCAUAUCCCAGAACAUCUAAUGCAUAUUUACAAUCAGCCUAUUGCUAUUCUUCAAACUUCAGACCUUUUCCACUCCCCAGAACAGCUGCAUCCUGCUAAAUCAGCAACUUUGCCAAGGAAAGGGCAGCUGGUGUACGGCCCCAUGUUGGAGCCCAUGAGUCGGGACAGUUACAUGCAAACACUCCCCAAAAUGCCAGUGCACUCUCAUCCCCAGCCUUCUGCCUGCAGAGAUGAGAGCAGCGCCCUGGAUGGUGAAGAGGGCUUGCCUUCCCAAGCAUCCAACUGGGGCAGGUACACCAACAGCUUGCUGGAAUCUGUCUCUGUUCCUGGGACCCUGAAUGAAGCAGUGGUAAUGACUCCCUUUUCAUCUGAACUUCAAGGGAUUUCAGAGCAAACACUGCUGGAGCUCUCUAAAGGAAAACCAUCUCCGCAUCCUCGGGCGUGGUUUGUGUCCUUGGAUGGAAAGCCAAUUGCUCAAGUGAGGCAUUCUUUCAUAGAUCUGAAAAAGGGCAAAAAAACUGAGAGUAAUGAUACCAGUCUGGACUCUGGUGUGGACAUGAAUGAGCAUCAUCCUAGCAGGAAACUGGAGAGAGAGAAAACUUUCAUUAAAAGCAUGCCACAUUCUAAGAUUCUUUACUUGGAAGAUCUGGAUCUGAGUUGCAGUGAAAGCGGGACCACUGUUUGCACUCCAGAGGACCAGGCUGUGAGACACAUCAUGGAAGGAGGGAACGGGCCAGUCCUAGAACAACACAAUGAGGAAGGUCUGAGGAAAAAAUCUCUGCCAGGAAGUCAUGAAUCUGGUAUCCCUUCUGCUAAAAAAAGGGAUAGACCACCUCUCAUGAAAAGAGAUAGCAAAACCAAUAUCUGGAAGAAAAGAGAGGAGAGGCCGCUUAUUCCUAUAAAUUAAAACACAAAAAACACAAUGUGCUUUGUGCUGUUGCUCUCCCUGCUGGUUGUUGAUCUCUUGCCUGCUUCUGUAAUUCUGCAGUGUUGGGUUUACAAGGGAAAUGUUGUUUUCUAGUAUCGAGAAAAGUUUCAUUUUUUUAACAUAAAGAUUGAGUUACCAAACUUCAGCUGGGCAGCUGAUAUUCCAUGUGAAUUGAAAACAGGGAAAUGCUACUAUUAAACUUUUCCAGUUCCUAAUUUUACUGGCAGUAUGAGGAAGGCCCACAUUUUACUUAGCCUGUCAUUCUUGGACACACCUUUGGGAAUGCACAGUGAGAAAUGUAGGCACGUGGUUUAAUUUUUUUGUACUUGUUGCUAAUGCAAUGGUAGCCUAGUUAAAGCCAUUCCUAGCCUUGUUCCUAACCAACGUGACCAUCUGUACAGUAUUUUAUAUGUGAACUUUUCUAGCUGUCUGUUACUACUCCUUUGUACAAUGUGAAACGUUUCAUCCCUUGGUCCCACGACACCAGCAGAUGAGCUGUGCUGGAUUUCUCAGCAGAGCUCUAUAGCAUUACUGCCCUCCCUGUGUGCCCACCCAUGUGCAAUUCCAUACAACACUGGGGGAAGUGUACAAGUGUGGCCACUGCAGCUCAUGGUCCCCACUACCUUAAGGUGUUGCCCAUCUGCUUUGUUUAGAUGUGCUUUGUUAUGGCCUGUGGGUGUUCAUGGGCUGUGAAGGGUCCAUGUCCAGCAGAAAAGGACUGGUUCUGGUAGCAUUUGGAGCUGCAGCUACUCCUGAUCCCAGUGUCUUCUUUUGGCUUCUUUGUCAGUGAACAUCUUCUCUUCUCUAUGCUGUUGGGCCAGCUGUGCUCCAGAAUAUAGCCUUGAAUCUCUGCCUAUUUAUAAGUGAGGGUUUGGCCCAUGAUGAAGAAGUGUGCAGGAUUAGACAAAUUAUGCCUUGGAAAGAGGUUCUUGAGCAGGAAAGCUGGGCACCGUUGCUUUUUAUUUUAUGUUUAAACCAAUGGGAGAUCAUUUGAGGUUUAUGUGCCUACAUUUUGCCAGCCUGAGCUGCUUUUGUCUAGGUUUGCAGAGGAGUUAAACAGGCUUUAAAAGUUGGGGAGGGAGGGUUAUGAGCAUGAGACAGCAGAUUGCAAAAAUUUGGUCUAUAAUGCAAUAUAAAUACAUUUAUGACUCAUCUUAGAGUUAAAUUUACCAAAAGUCAUGAAUGCAUGAAUUGUAACUAAGAUAUGUAUAGAGGAAGGAAAGGCCAUCAGAAUAUUCUUUAAUUUUUAUGUUCAUCUUGUCAAAGUGAUCAUUUCAACUUUGGCUAACAGAAAAAUGGAUGCAUCUCUUAAUGUGCUUCAUAUAGUGAACAGAAUGUAUUUCUGUGGCUUUGAGGCUGUUUCCCUGAUGAAAUAAGUUCCAGCAUUUUGGCUUUGGCAGUUUGAUUAUAAAUCAUCCUAAAAAGGCUUUAUAAAUAUUUCCUUAGAGCUUGGUUAAGGGUCUGUACCAAGACCCAGACAUACAAUGCCUAUAUUUGAAUUGUGAGGUGAGUGGUGCUUGGUUGUCUGCCCUGUAGUGCACUCAAGAGUUGGGAGCUAUCCUAUGCAGCUGGGCUUCUGGGAAUAUUUACUCAGGAAAUAUUACUGUGAAAUAUGUCUGUGGUGUUGGGAUUGUCAGUUGUCUGUAGCUGUUUCUAGAAGAAUAUGGAAGAUAACCAGGAUGGUACCAGCAAUGCAUCAGUCCAAAGUGAGCAUUUGCUUCAUGAACAAAAUGUUCCUAUUGAAUUCAUAAGUAUGAAAGUGCAAAUUAAAUUUGAGACAGGUGUGUAUGUGUGUGGUGGGUUGGCCUUGGCUGGAUGCCAGGUGCUCAUCAAGCUGCUCUAUUGCUCCCUGUUCCCAGCGGGAUGGGGAGAGAAAAUAAGAUGGAAAACAACUCCUGGAUUGAGAUAAAGCAGUUUACUAAGGAAAAAGCAAAUUUGGUGAGUGCACAAAGAGAAAAAAAAUAGGUUUGUUCUCUACUUCUCAUCAGCAAGCAAUGUGUGGCUGCUUCUUGGGAAGCAGGGCUUCAACACGUGUAGUGGUUGCUCCAGAAGGCAAACCUUGUAAAUAACAAAUAUCUCCACUUCCUCCUCCUUUCCUUAGCUUUUAUAUCUGAGCUGGUGUCACAUGGUAUGGAACAUCCCUUUGGUUGAUUUGGGUCAUUUGUGUCCCCUGCCAGGAUCUUGCCCACCCCAGCCUGCUGGUUGGCUGGGACUGUUGAGAGUCAGCACUGAUGCUGUGCCAGCCCUGCCCAGCAGUGGCCAAAGCACUGGUGUGUUCUCAGCACCUUUCCAGCUCCCAGGGCAAAGCACAAUGCUGGGAAGGCUGCUGUGGGGAAUGAACUCAUCCUCAGCCACACCCCAUAUCCAGUGGGCAUCACCAUCACAGGUGGGAAUCUCAGCUCCUGUGCCUGGAGCACCUCCUCCUCCUCCUUCAGCACUGACCUUGGUAUCUGCAGAGUUGUUCCUCUCACAUGUUCUCACCCUGCUCUUCUCUGGCCACAAUUACCUCUGCACAAUAACUCCUUCUCAAAUCUGUUACCACACAGGUGUGUGUCACCAUCAUUUCUGACUGGCCCAGCCUUGGUCAGCAGCACCUCUGUCCUGGAGCUGCUGGCAUUGGUUCUGCUGGACACCAGGGAAGCUUCUGGCAGCUUCUCAUCCCUGUAAACCUCCCCACCCCCCACUAAAAAACACAUGGUGAAGCAACUGUCCCCUGCUACAGCAGGUAUCCUGGAAUUACCUGUGGGGGACCCACACUGGAGGCAGGCUGAGCCUCAAGGACUGCACCUUUUGAAAGAGUGAACCAUGUUUGGAGCUGUUUAUGGAGAACUGCUGCCCUUGAGAAGGACUCAAACUGGAGAAGUUCAUGGAGAGCAGCCUCCUGUGGGAUAAACCCUGUGCUGGAGCAGGGGAAGGACUUCUGUCCUUGAGCAGUGUCAGAAACCAGAUGUGAUGGACUGACCCAUUCCUGUCCCAGAAACCAGAUGUGAUGGACUGACCCAUUCCUGUCCCAGAAACCAGAUGUGAUGGACUGACCCAUUCCUGUGUCAGAAACCACACAUGGUGAACUGACCCAUUCCUGUCUCCCUGUGUCACUGAGGGGAGGAAGUAGAGCUGGGAAAGAGGGAAGGGUGGGGAGAAGGUGUUUCUAAGAUUUAUUUCCCUUGUCUUAUCCUGCUCUGGUUUUGUCAGUAAUAAAUUCAGUUAAUAUCCCCAAGGUGAGUGAAUCUGUUCUGCCUGUGACAGUAUUCAGUGAAUGAUCUCUCCUUACCUCAGUUCAGGAGCCUUUCAUUGGAUUUUCUCUCCUCUAUCCACUUUGUGCAAGGGAUUGGUACGAGUGGCUGUGGUGGGUGCCUGGCAUCUAGCCAGGGCCAAACCACUACAGUGUGUAAAUAAGUCUGUAAUUAAAUUGGCCUCAAGAAAAAAGAGGUUUAAUUCAUCUAUUUCAGAUGUGAAGAUGGCUUGUCAUAUCAGCAUGCCUUUGGUUCUCUUUCUAGGUAACAGGAAUUUUGUUGUCCAAUACCAAAUACUUUUUCACAAGAACUUUUUGUUUUUUUAAUGUAUGGUUGUACUGGAUUUUUUAAUAUGACUUUCUAGGCCCAGAUAUUGAUCACUUCAUCCUUUGCUUUGUUGUAUACAUUAGUAGGAAUCAAUUUAUAUAUGCACAUUUCUUCUGAAAGCUGCCCUUGAGGUUCAAUAUUGCUCUUUUUGCAGAGUUGCAUUGGUUCUGAUGGCUCCCUUUUCAACAAGAGAUUAUUAUACAUUCUGUUGAACAUCAUAGAAAAUCCCUGACAAGCUAAUGGUUUUAAGGAAUUCAUAUCAAGUUAAUAUGUCUUUACUUGAAAUUUUAUUCACUUACAGUAAUAUUUCAGAUUUUUAAAAUGCAUUUUUCAUUGUAUAUACCAAAAAGACCUAAUUUCUCAAACUUACUUGUAUCAUCAAAAAAUAUACAGACUACUAUAAAUGGCUUUAUUUACAUGAGUUCAAAGGAAACAAGUUUGGCACUCCAUUGUUCUCAUUCUCUGACAGAGUGGGUGUCUGGUUGUUAAAGAAAAAGGAUUAGAAAUCCAACUCUAUAAAUUAUUAUGAUUCAAAUUCAUACAGAAUAUUUCUAAAUAUAUCAGUCUUCACAUUCCAGCUGUAUGUUGGAAGUUAUGCACUGGAAAAACCUGUAUUGCCUGCUGGAGAUUAGAAUUCUUUUUGGCUUUAGAUCAUUUAAAGGAGGAGUUUGACUAUGCUGAGCUCUAAAAAUUUUAAUUCCACAAAACAUUCUGUGUGAUGUGUAACAUGUAGAGAACACAGAAUGUCACAGUGAAGUGUCACAAACUUAUGGUUUUCCAUAUUUCUCUAUAUAAUUUCAACAUAUGAAUUUAUAGGAGUCACUGAAUUUAUUUUUUAAAUUUUUUUUUAGUUGGCUCUUUGUGGCAUUAACAGACUGUUCAAAUGCUGCUGCCAGAAUUAGGCCUAUACAAAAAUUAGCAAGGAUUUGUGGCACACAGCUCUUGGAAAGGCUGGGGAAACAUUCAGAGGUUUUUACUUCUUUGAAUCUGGAGGUUGCUUACCUUGAGAAUAAGAAGGGAGAAAUGUCUGUGAGCCCCUUCUAAGGAGAGGGGAAUGAGUAAGGAAAAUUGGAAAGGAUACAGCUUCUUUCUGAUGCUAGUUUGCAAACUGAUAUGUGUUUGGGCUUUGGUGGAAUCAACUCUUUCUGAAGAACACAAAUGUUGGCAACACUUAUGUCUCAGUUCUUCACAAGGCACUUCUUGAGCUGUCAGCUUUUGCAAGAAAAGCCCUUAUUUAUGUACAUAUAGUUUUAAGUGCAAGCUCAUUGACAGUGAUUUUUAGAUUGUUACCAAAUGUUAGAUAUUAAAAAUGCUAGAUAUUAAAUUUUUUUUUAAUUAAAAAUUUAAAAAAUGAUAGAUGAAAAAAAAGGUGAGGGAAUCACUUAAAAAUCACAUUUGAUUAAGAGAGAAAAAGUCCUUCUAGUGCAAUCAGAAAAUAGAGCUCUGGUAUUACAAACCUGGAAGUAAAAAAUAUGUGUUGAUCAGGGACAUUUUUUAUCACCAUAAAUCUAGAGGUGACACACCAAAAAUAAUCCAGGAUGUAGGAAUGUUUAGUUGUCUCCUUUGUUUUUAUGCAGAGAUUUGUACCAAAGAGGAUGAAAUGAACUGGCACCAGUAUAGAUUCUUGUUAGUUAAAAAGUGACAAAGUUUCACAACACUACUGAUCAAACACUGUGCAAAUGAAAAGGCAGUGCACUACAUCUGUUGUCUAGUGUUUCACAUUAGGAAAAUCUGGAGAUAAAUUAGCCUGCUGAAGUGCCUUUCUCUUUCAUCAGACUUAUUUUAUCAGUGGGACACCUGACUAUCUGAAAGCACAUUAUGGUUUUAUUUUCUGUUAGCCAAACCCCCCUGAAUUCAUAUAAUUAUGUAGCUUUUAUAAUAUUUUAAGAGGCAGAUCUAGUGCUUUUUAUGUUGGAAUACUGACUUCUGCAUGUUGAUGAUGAUGGUAGUUGUUGUAAAACCUAGUUUUGAUAUUUUAUGUUUGAAAAGAAAUUUUAAAAAUAUAUCUUUAGCAAUCUGAACAGUAGUGUCUUUUAAAAAUGCUCAUAUGGGAUCUGAUUCAACUUUGUGUGUCAAGUGCAAGCAUCUUGAAGUCACUGGAUUUACAGGUAUGAAACUGACUGGGAUAUUAACUUAAAAAAUGAAAUUAACAUAUGUUUAUAUAUAGACUAUUACAACAAUAAAAGUCCUUUUUUAGCUGCUAACUUUGCUUGUGAGUAGCAGCAGAAAUUGUAUGGAGAUCAGUAGGUAAUUCUUAUUUUCUAUAACCAAUUUUCAUCUCAAUUUGGAGCCGAACCUGCAUUGGUUUUUAAUAGCUUUCUAAUUUUUUUUUAAAUUCAGUGGUAUUAUGAAAACAUAGUACUAUGCCUACAGAGCUAAAGAUGAGCAUUCUUUUAUAGUAAUUUGUACUAAUUUGUGCCACACUUCUAACAGUAGGCAGCUACAUUUGUGUUAAAGAAUUUAUAUGAAAGGUGAUUUAAAUGACUUGAAUCUGAGCUUCGUUUCCUUUUAAAAGCAGUAUUCAUUGUGUUCUGGAAAAAAUAAAUAGCUUCAGGGUUUUUUUAAUACUGAUAGGGCAAAUACUGUCAUUUCUUGUUUUGCUAGCACCCUCAGCCUGAAAACUGUUUUACCAAAUGAAUUUUUUCAUUCGGUUUUAGGACUUACUGAACAUUCCUAUAUUCCCCCUCCCCAAGACAUCCUGGUACUUUAUUCCCCAGGUAAAGGAUUUAGUUCCUUUGAAGCACUCGUUGCACUUCAGUCCACGUUAGAACAGUACUAUUUUUACAUGUCACUGUGUAGAAAGGCAGUUUUUAGUGCUCGUUGGAGCAUGUUACUCGUGCAAAGCGUGGCUCUGGGUGUUGCAAGGCAGGUGAACUCAUGGCCCUGACUGUGCUCACCACCCUGAAUUCUGGAGCCUCAUAUUCAACAAAUGCUUCAUGACCUCAGCAAUUAUUUUCAAAAUCUCUCUAGUAUGGAUAUGGUUUAUGUAAAACAUUCUUGAUAUUUGGCAUCCUGGUUUUAAGUAUUUCUACCUUUUUAUAUUUUGUCAGAGGUGUCUUUUCAUCUCUGUAUUUACUACAGUAUCAGUGUAUCUGUUGCUGAAAAUGUAACUAAGGUUUGUAAAAUGUUACAGCUUAUGCAAUAUAAUAAAAAUUUGAAAAAGUUA